AUGGCUGCCUCAAAAUCUAUGUUCUACUGGGGUUAUGUGAUCGUUCUAAGCAAGUUUGUGAUAUUAUUUAUUGAUACUGGGAUUGCGAAAUCUUUCGGAGUUCUUAUUCCUACCAUGGUCGAACGGCUAGACUCGGAUUAUGCCACUGUCGGGUUGAUGUGUAGCAUGCCAUCAUCAUUUUCUCAUCUGCUAUGUCCAUUUGUAAAGUACUUCCUGACGGAAAACAACCACCGCGUUGUUGCUAUGUCAGGAGCGGUGCUGUGUGGAUCAUGUCUUAUUACAUGCGGUUUCUUGGGCAACUUGAUUUCUCUUGGAGUCUGUCUAGGCUUAGCGGGCAUUGGCCUAUCAAUGACCAUCACACCUAUACAUCUUUCCGUGAAAGCUCACUUCCAAGAGAAAUUCGUGUUAGCGAAUACUGUGUCCUUAUAUGGCUAUACCGCCGGGUCAGUUUUCCUCCCAAUUUUGAUUGAAAGAUCACUUCAAGCUUAUGGCUAUUCCUCGGCGUUUCUCAUUCUCGGUGGUGUUGCCCUGAACGCCAUGGCGUGCGCUGCAACGAUUCGAAAGGAACAAAGAUAUUCCAAGUUUGACGAAGGGCCUAAAGAGAGCGAUAGCCGAAAGUGUUUCCCAGAAACAGAAUCCCACAAUAGAAAGACGAUGUUUUGUCGUAAUAGUCAUACUGAUGAUGAAGAAGAAAGUGAAGAUGUGACUUUGCAAAGGCGUUUGAUUCAGGUCGAGAAAUUUAGAACUGACAAGCAGGGGAUGUCACCGGACCCACAAUCCAUCACGAAAGGGUCAUUCUUUCAAUCCUGCCAACGAUCUUGCGGAUUGUUAAACGAACCACUCUUUCUUUUCUCUACCCCGAUUCUUUUCAUAAGUUCUUACAAUCUUUAUUCUUGGAUGCUGUUUCUGGUCCCCCAUACUGAACAACUCGGUAUCCAAUCUUCUAAUGCUGUAUUCCUUUCCACAAUUGGUGGCAUCGGCGGCAUCAUCGGGCGAACCGUUUUCAUUAUCCUCCUCUAUAAAGGAGUCAAUGCUUUUGCCGUGUUCAUCCCGGUAUCUUGUAUCUGCGCCGGAUCAUUUCUGCUGGACUUCAUCAGUUCUGGUUACCAGUGUCGUGCCGCCUUAGCAUUUAUUCAAGGGUUCUGCUUCUUCAUCGAAGACGCUCUUUGUGCCAGUCUGAGCAAUGAUGCUGUCUUCGACGAUAAUAAUUGUGACACUGCCAUCGCUCUUUCGAUGUUCUGGUAUGGAUUGGGAGGAACGAUUUCAGGAACAUUCUCAGGAUAUUUGUUCGAUCUCACUCAGUCCUUCACGAAAGUCUUCAUCAUCAUCGGGAUUUCACACUCCAUCAUGGCUGGUUAUCUCGCAGUUGUAACGUUUUUCAUCCACAGACGGCGAUAGGAUGGCUUCUCUUACGCAGUCAUUUCGUAAGAUAUCAUAUAUAUCCAUAUAUGGAUCCUAAGUAAGUGAUUGGCAGAAAACUAUUACGUGAUCAAUCGUUUAUUAAGGACGUUCAACGG